GUCAACUCGGGGCUGAAUCAAUUCGGCCCACGAUCUCGCCUCGUAGACGAGGUCCAUCACCAAACCGGGAGCGCGGGAGCCACUCGCGGAUCGCGUAAGGAAUUAUACGGAAGAAGGCGGCCGCGAGAAAAGCCCCCAUGGACUUGGCACCGUGGUCGAUCAAAUCCUUGGUGCGAAGAUUUCGGAAAGAUUGUUCCCUGUUGUUCCUAGCGUCGAAACAGUUGCAACGGGAUAUAUCGUUCGGAUGAGAUUAAAUAACACGUUUCUCGUUUUACGUUUCGUCGCGAUUCGUCGCGUUUCUCGCGUGUGGACAGUGGAUUCAUUCUUCUUCUCCUUUUCCUCUUCCGUUUCCUUUUUCGGUUGUUUCGAGAACAGGGGGGAGGGAGAAGCGAGUUUAAAUCAAGAUCGUAGAUCGUAGAUCGUCAACGAGAUAGAUCGCAGGAGGAGGGAGUGAUCGAUAAGAGAGCAUGAGAGGAAAUCGUGAUGAUUAAUCAAGAUUCCGCGAGAGAGAGGUGAUCGUUGGCGAUAAAGUGGAGUGCGUCACCGCGAGCCGUCAUCCUUGAGAUACAGUCGAGUGACGGAACGAAGCAGAAGAAGAAGAAGAAGAGGAAGAAAAAGAAAAAACCCCUCGUUAUCGUUGUGAAAACAAAACUAUUAGCGCAAGAUAGCGAGGAAAUUGGCGCGGAGCAUCGUGGUGCGCUCGUGACAGUUGCCUCGUGAAAAUAAUGUCGGAAGACAAGCACUCUUCUCGCGCAAUCUCGUUCCGUUCCUUUCAAACGUUCAACGCCAAUUUCGACUAACACCUUCCAUCCCUUCGACAUUCGAAAGAGAGACGAACACAUCUGUAUUCGUGGAUGGAUACGUCGGAAUGAGGAGGAAUUUGAAGAAACCGGGAAGAACGUGCGUCGAGAUGUGCCCGUGAAGCUCGAUCACGAUGGAACCGCGUGGGAUGAUGAUGUCGAACCUGUCGUGCGACGGGUGCGCGGACAGCGACCGAGAUUCCGACAGCAGCAGCAUGAUCGUGGACCCGGUGAGUUUGGACAAGAACGACCUGUCGCCGUCCCAGUCGUCGUCCAGCCCCAUAAUACCAAGCUCGCCCGUCCCGCCGACCACCACGUCCUCCCGUAACCGCGGAGGGAACCGCGGCAAGAAGAGCUACUCGAUGAUGUCGAGUAGCGGGAACGGGCAGCAAAAGGGGAACGGGUCCGGCCAGGCUCCGUCCUCGUACGGGAACGACAAGAUGUCCUCGUCCCUGAUCAAACCCCCUUACUCCUACAUAGCCCUCAUCACCAUGGCUAUCCUCCAAUCGCCCCAGAAGAAGUUGACGUUGAGCGGGAUAUGCGAGUUCAUCAUGUCCCGAUUCCCCUACUACCACGACAAGUUCCCCGCAUGGCAGAACUCGAUCAGACACAACUUGUCGUUGAACGACUGCUUCAUCAAGAUACCGAGGGAACCUGGUAACCCGGGCAAGGGCAAUUACUGGACGCUGGACCCGUUGGCCGAGGACAUGUUCGACAACGGGAGCUUCCUUCGCCGGAGGAAGAGGUACAAGAGGCCCCCGCCGCACUACGUGCUGCGGGACAGGGCGAUCAUGGCCACGUUCGCCAUCUGCGGGGGGGACCGGGGGCCUUGUCCGGGCGGUGGUGGCGGUCAUCCCGGGGCGCUCGCCUAUCCAAGCGCCGCGUACCUGUCCCCGCCGCCCGGCCUCCCCCUGCUCGACUUCUCGCCCUCGACCUUGGAGGCACUGAAGCUGGGCGGGUUCCUGGAGCCGCCGCCACCGUUGUACAAACCCGUGCCGAUCACCGCGCCCCCGAUCAGGCAGAUCGAUCCCGCGCCGACGAGGACCACCGCGAUACCGAGCGGACAUCCGCCGGCCGAGAAGAAGAGGAACUUCAGCAUCGACGCUCUGAUUGGCAAACAGGCGGCCAACGAUCAGAACUGCGGCGGCUUGCUGGAUCUGAGCCCGUCCGAGCACAGGGAGAUCAGGAGCCAGGCGUCCGCUUUCUCGCCUCUGGUUUAGAGGAUCCUUCCGUCGCGGAUUUCCUUCCUUGGGGACGUCGAGAAAAAAGGAAAAGAGAAAACCUCGGUUUUUUCCAAACGAACGAGGAAAGAGGAUCUUUCUUCUUUUUUUUUUCGGAGAUGAGAAGAGAGGAGGAGACGGAAAGGAUAGAAUCGAAAGGGAGAAAGAUGAGGGAGGUUGAUGUACAGGUGAAAAUCAUCCAGAGAUCACGGGGAAAGGAGAAGAAAAGAAAGUGACUAGUUUGAGGAAGAAGGAUGGAAAGGAUAGGGGCGACGGAGCGCGCCCAAAGAUUUCGAUUCUUCGAUUAAGUGUAUAGAAGAAACGGAGGAGGAGGAGGAGAAAAGGAGAACAAAAGAGACGCGACGAGGAGUCGAGUAAUUGUAAAAAGGUGUAGUGCAAUAGUGUAGUGGUUGGAUUUAAGUACGAGAAGAGGAAGAAGAGGAAGAAGAAGAAAAAGGAGAAGAAGAAGAAGAAGAGAAAAAGCAACCCUUGCUGUGUCGAACUGAUCAUCCUUAGCCGCUAUCAUCUCCAACGAUCGAUUCCUCUCCACGAAUCGAACUUAAUAAUUUUCCAAUCCCUCCCCCCCCACGUUAUUUUUCUUCCAUUCUUAGCAAAGAAAGGAACAGAGCUUUUUUGCCUCGUUUUGUAAACGAUCGAUUAAUAUAUACGCCACUGUAAAUAUACAGGCACAUACACACAUAUACACACACAUACACGUGCAUAAAUUUAUUACACGCAUAGUGACACACGCACGUACACACAAAUCCCGAACAAAUCUUUGCUCAGCUUUUUAUUGUUUGCGAGUGAGAGGGAAGGAGAGAAUGCGCGCGAGUGAAAGGGACAGAGAGGGUGGCGGAGAAACGAUGGAGAAGGGGAAGUCAGUUCUCUUCAUCGGAUUUAAUGUAAAGCUCGGCCGGAUUUUCGGUCAAGUAGACGUUUCAGUGUACAUAGACGUUGUACGUGGAAAAAAAAAAAGAUUAAAAAAAAAAAAAAA